AGGGUCUAGAACUAUCUCCCAUGGCUCCAGCUAAAGAUUUUGCCAAAAAAGGUGACCUCAAAGCCCAAGCCGUCAAGCUUGGAAAAGCUGUGAAAUCAGGAUCAACCUUUAAGAAGGCGUCAAAAAAGAUACGAACAAAAGUUACAUUUCAUCGGCCUAAGCCAUUGAAGAAGAAUAGAAAUCCCAAGUAUCCUAGGAUUAGUGCACCUGGAAGGAACAGACUUGAUCAAUACCAGGUUCUCCAAUAUCCUCUCACCACCGAGUCUGCAAUGAAGAAGAUUGAGGACAAUAAUACACUUGUUUUUACUAUUGACAUCAGGCCUGAUGGAACAAAGGAGGCCUACGUGAGGUUGACACCCGACUAUGAUGCUUUGGACGUUGCAAACAAAAUUGGAAUCAUCUAAAUGGGUUAAAAUAGUUUGUAUUUUUGGAUAUGAGAAUUUGGAAC